ACAUAAUUCUUCAAUGUCUUACAAUAAUAAUGAUGAAAAAAAAGACCAACUAAUUAAAGUGAUUACUCUUGGGGCAUCAGGAGCAGGAAAAACAUCCCUUUUAACUCGAAUGACUCGUGAUUAAUUUAGUGAAAAUUACAUUGCUACCAUAGGAUGUGAUUUCGCAAUCAAGAGACUGUUUAUUAAUAAUUAACCAGUUAAAUUAUAAAUUUGGGACACUGCAGGAUAAGAACGCUUUAGAACAGCUAUUUCUAAGUCAUAUUAUAGGGGUGCCAAUGGCAUCUUUUUAGUUUUUGACAUUUCUAAUGAAUAAUCAUUUACUGAAAUGUAAUUGUGGUAUUAAAAAACCUAGGAAGAGAUUAAAAAUAUGAAUCAAGAUAUUUAAUUUCUUUUGAUUGGGUGUAAAUGUGACUUAGAAUAACAAAGGCAAAUCUCAUAUGAUGUAGCCUUUUCCUUUGCACAAAGCUUAGGCAUGCAUUAUAUAGAAACUUCAGCAAAAAGGAAUACUAAUUGUUUAGAAGCAGCUGAAUGUUUGGGCAAAAUUUGCUUACAAAAAAUAAAUGAAAAAUUGAAUUAAGAGCAACCUGUUUUGGAGAUUAAGUAGGAUUAAUUAAAGAAGUCUUCAUGUUGCUGAUAUUUAUUUUGAAACUAUUUAAAUUUUAACAAAAAUUCAUUUAUGAGUCGA